AUGGAUCGGCCGAGCAGCGAGGAUUUGGGUUCUAAAGAACCGUUACUGGAAAUAAAAAGAGUUGGAGAGACAAAAAUUGUUCAUGGAUCUGGAUCAAGGAAAAUCAGUACCGAACUUCGUUUGAAAGCAUCGAUGGAAGAACAAAAAGAUGGGCAAAAUGAUGAAACGAUGCUCCCGGCGAGGCCAAUCGAACCAGGAUUCGUUCGCGAGAGUAUGAGCCAGAAAAGAGGAUUUCAGAAACCUUUGGAAAUGAUCCCCGACACUCCGGUUGCUCAUGUAAGAACGGAUCCUCAUCCACACCACAAAACAAACUCGCCUAUUUCGAACACUCUAUAUGAGCUAAACAAUGUCUCCUCAGCUGGUCGAAGUGAUUCUUCUGAGCCAAUCGACAUUUGCAUUUACUUUCCCGAUCAACAAGGUUACCAAUUCUCGGUGGAAAACGGGCGUUUGGCGCAAGCGGACUUUCUGCUUGAAUUGGCAGUAAAUCAGAAAAAUGUAAAAGGAGCACAAGUUUCAGUGUGGAAUGAAGCUUUCGCCCUUUGGAUGGUCAGCCCUUUGCUAGAAGUACAACUCAAGAGCUAUCAUCCCCCGUACGAGGUGCGGAGACAGUGGGCCAACUUUUUGAAGAAAUACACGAACGCGAGCACUGACGAGAUUUUGAAUGACGAGCCGAUGCUGAUGAUCAGAAGAAAUGUGACACUGCCGAUUGAAAGAGAGAAAAAGAUUUGCGAGGACGACAAACAAGCCCUCCAAGUAUUAUUCGAGGACGCCCACACGCAAUUCAUCCAAGGAAGAUAUGCCUUCGAUAAUUGUCGAGACGCAGCGGAAAUGGCCGGAUUAUCAUUGGCGGCUGUGCUUGGGGGAUGUCCUGAGCACGAUCUUGUCAAAUUGAGAAGUGAACUCGAGGAGCAUCUUCCCGAGAGACAUCUCAGCUCAGUGCGCGGUCCAAUCGUCUUCGGAAAAGCUCUUUCGGGAACAAAAGAAAUGGAAGAUGUGGUUUUGAGAGCAUGGAGAAAAGGAGGAGAAGAUAGAUAUAAAGCGAUGAAUGAAUAUUUGGCAAAAGCAAGAGAAUCGCCAUGUUAUGGAGCCGCUUUCUUUGCUGGAUCGAUUGAGAGACCAAAUCUAUCUUUCGGACAAUUCCUCAAACAAAGCUGGUUCACCUCGUCAAACAGUGAUAUCAAGGUGAGAGUCAGUGUCAACAUGGAAACAAUUUGUGUGAUCGAUGAAGGAAAGGGUGACCUCUUGUUAGUCCAACCAAUUGACGAUUGUUCGUGGAGUGUGAUUGAGAGAAAAGAGCCACCCGAGGAGGAUGAUGAAGUCGAAGAAUCGUCCCUUCUUCUCCAUUUCCCCGAAACAAAUUCCGAUUCAGGAAUCAGUUCAGGAGAAGAAGCAAAGAGGAGUGUCGUUGAGCGGAAAUUCAGAAAAUCAAGGAAAAAUGCUGCCCCCAAAAAUGGACAGGAGACAAAAUUGUUACAGGUCUUUUGCUAUCAAGCGAUGAUGAUCGAUGCCUUGUUAAAAACGAUGAAAGAUUUGGGAAAGGCUCGAUCGAUUCAAAUCGGAAGACAUCGGUCAUCAUCUCCAGAAGAAGGAUUCUCAAAUGAAAGCUUUGAGCCAUCAUCAUCGAGUUCGAGUGAAGGAGGAUUUCAUUUAAGGAGAGCUGUUGGAAGACAGCCAAGUUUGACAAAGGGCCACCGAAUGUGUUUGGCCACUUUUGAUGCUUCAGGUCAAUGCCUUAAAGCCCAAGGAAGUCUGAAGAAAGUUCUCACCGUGAAA